GACUCAUUCUCCAGCGCAUUUUAUCCAAUACCCGAGUCCACCAUCUCACCUGAGCCCGUCUCAUUUCAGCUAGAAAAUUCACCCAAUCCAUCAUGCCACGCAAGACUCGAACACCCGAGUCUCUCGCUCUCAAUCGCGAGAACCAGCGUCGCUCUCGCGCAAGACAGCGUGAAUUACUCGACGAUCUGCAGAAUCGCGUGCGUGAGUUUGAGCGUCGCGAUGGUCAGGCUACGCUGGAGAUGCAGCGUGUUGCGAGGGCUGUUGCUGGGGAGAAUGCUGCGCUGAGAGGUUUGCUUGCUGCGAAGGGUGUCUCGAUUGAGGAGGUUGAGGCUCAUGUUGCGGCUGUGAAGCACGAGGAGAAAAUGGUUGCUAGAGCGGGAGUGGCGACUGUCACACCUGUUUCUACGCCGUCUUCCAAUGCUUCGCCUGUUGUUAUUGCCUCGAGACCUAUGUCGUGCUCUCAGCCUCAGGGAUGCGCUCCGGUGAGGGAAAAUAGUAACCCUUCGUUUGCGAUUCAGCCCAAGAUGUACUCGCCGCCAACACCUGCUACGACUGCUACGUCUUGCACAGAAGAAUCAGGCUGCUGUCCUAGACCACAGCCUGCAUCGCAGCCACAGCAACAGCCCGGACCCCAGCAACCAAAUUCUUUUGACAAAAUUCACUUUCCAUCUAUCAGAAACCCACCGAAGGAGAUACACCAAUCCCAAAAGCACCGGAACCUCAAUCAGCGGGCCAACCGUCGCCGCAAGCGCCUGGUCGCUACUCGGUCCGAACGUGGUAAUAGCCACUGCUAUCGCAAGCUCGAAAUUGUUACUCGCCGCAGUAAAACUCUGCGUUGUAGAGAGAGGGUAUCCGAAACCAGCAUGUCGAGAUACCAGAAGUGUUGCGAAGAAGAUUAUAACGAAGUAGACGAUGAGGGGGGCUGCGACGCGUACUACAGACACGAUCUGAUGGACCACUUGAUGGCCUUGGGAAGCGAAGAGGAUGAGGAUGGUGUAAAGAAGGCCGAUGAGAGACCAGGGGGAGAUGAUGCGCAAAAAGACACGCUCAUACCACUCUGGUCCGGCCAUCUUGCGCAGGGAGAAGCGAGUGAUGAUAGCUGCGCCGAGAGGGAUGCCGAGAAAUACUGCUACACUGGUUGCAACGGUUGA